AUGUCAACCCGAAUGAACUAUGCCGUCCUUAUCAAAGACCAUGUUUUGACCGGCCCUAACUAUGUUGACUGGAGGAGGAACAUCAAGUUACUCCUGUCUGCGGAAGGUCUAAUGUUUGUCUUGGACGAAGAUGAGCCUGAAUUCCCUAAUGAGGAGAACCCUGAAUCGAAGCCUGCCUAUGAGCUGUUUCGACAGAAAAACUCUAAGGCAAAACUCCUCGUGUUGAGUUCUCUGGAGAAGACCAUCGCUGAUUCGGUCAAAGAUCUAUACUUGACUAAGGACAUGAUGGAGGAGUUAAAGGAAAUGUAUGGGAGGGAAGAACGUCAUGCCCAUCAUCAACUGGACAUCUACGGAUCGUUUAUUGUCAAUUACAAUAUGAAUAAACUUUCCAUGGAAUUCCCUAAGCUGGGCAACAUGUUGCCAGAGGUAGAAGCUGCAUCCAAGAAGUAG